AUGCCCAAAAUAAAAAAAACUAAAAAGACUAAAAAAACCCUCAAAAAAACCACUAAUUUACUCACUAAAGCCAAAAAAACUACUGCUUUAACUUCUGCUAAACAAACCGAGCUUAAGAAACUAAUCACUGCUUAUCAACAAGUGGGAAUUACGAAUGUCUUCUGUUUAGCGAUUGUGCGGAAUUAUUAUGUCAAGAUGAAAGGACUAACCCUGGAAUUGCAAAAGAAAAACGGACACGAACAGCAUCAGAUUGAUGAACUCAAAAAAGAAGUUCAGCAACUAAAAGCCG